GGAGGGGAAGAGGUUCUUCCUCUUGAAGAUAUUGAAUCGCGCUAGGCUGCAAAAUCAAGAUCACGUGGCGAUAACAGCAAGGCUACAACACUUCUUUUUUCUGACUUCAAUCAUCGAAGAGCGCGUCAAAAAUCUUCAAUUGAAAGCGAAGUCCCUUCCAAAUCAGCUGUCACGAUGAAAUCAGCCUUUGGUUCAAAAAGGAAGGCGAGGAAGAUCCAAGUCGAUGAGAAUGAGGGGGAGACAAAGGACCAGAGCAUAGCAAAUGAAAUCGCCCAACCCCCAGUAUCUUCGAACCCUGUCCGGAAACCCUUUAAGAAAUCUUCUCUGCGACAGAGCAUUGCAUUUGACGACUUGGAGCAAGAUGAGAACGAGCAGGACACGAAUAAGCCUACGAUCGGGAGAUCAAGUUCGUUAAUGAAGAAAAAGAAAAAAUCUACUGCUUCGAGACUUUCUUUCGGACCUGGAGAGAUCAUUUCUGGGGAUGCUGCGGAAGCUCUAGAAGACCAUGAAGCUUUUACGCCCAAGAAACCGACUCUGGAACGUCGAGUGAUAGAAGGCAAUACUUUUCGGAAGAGCCUUCCUUAUCAAAGCUUGCCAGUGAGGUCAAACGAGGAGGAGGAUGAAAGACCUACGUAUAGCAAGGAUUAUUUGAAAGAGCUCAAGAGUUCUACACCCACCACACCGAAGGAUCUACAAGCUUUACAUGCUGCAGCUGAGGAUGAAGAGAUGUUGGAUGCGUCGGAAUUGGCGGGUGCUACAAUAGGGCGACUUGAGGACAAGUCGGUGGCAAGCUCGAAUGCUGCUUACAUACCGACAGAGGCAGAGAUCAAGGAGAAGAAGGAACGCCGAGCGCGGCUUGCUCAUGAGAAAGAUUUCAUUUCUUUGAACGAUGAUGGAGACGACGGACGUCAAAUAUCACUCCUUCCACGCAAAAAAGAGAAAGAAACAAGAUUGGUGAGAGAAGAUGAAGAUCUUGGAGAGGGCUUCGAUGAAUUUGUGGAUGAUGGAAGGGUCUCAUUAGGCAAGAAAGCCGAACGAGAAGCGAGGAAACGUCAGAGGAAGGAGAUGGCGGACAUGAUUCAUCAAGCAGAAGGCAGCUCGGAUGGAGAAUCAGAUGACUCCGAGGCCGAGCGGCGAGCCGCAUAUGAAGCCGCCCAAACUCGUGCUGGAAUGGAUGGACUUCAUAAACCCGAUGAAGAUCUGGAUCGGAGUACAGUUCAAAUACCUGCCAGAAUUACACCUCUGCCCGCUCUUUCAGAGUGCCUCGAGAGACUACAAACCACACUCAAUUCAAUGGAGCUAGAGUUGGCGAAGCGUCAAAAGCAAUUAGAGGAGUCGAAGCGAGAAAAGCUUGACAUUGGAAAGCGGGAAGCUGAGGUUCAAGAAUUGUUGAAGCAAGCAGGUGCAAGAUAUGCUGCAUUGAAAGCAGAUACGAGUGGCGCUGCUAUUGAUCCCCAAGUUCUGGCUGAAGCUCAGACUAGUGGGCUUACUAUACCAAUGAUGGCUGACCGAGGACUGGAGAGCUUUGGCAAUACUCCUAUAGCGAGACCGAAUGUGGAAGAUGUAGGCUAGCUGCGAAUAAAAUUCGAGUCAGAGGCCGUUCUUGGUAUCAGAAGCAAAGUCGCGGGUUGUCUACCGGUGUACUUGUCCUCAGUUUAUGGCCAGCAUUAAGCAUGACAUCAAUUCCGAGAAAUCAUUGACUUCAGUAUGGAAUUGA